GCCCUCCAGGGAGGCGAGGGAAGCCCGGUCGGCGCGGAGAACCCGGACCUGCAGGGCAGUCAGGACGUGAUGGUUACCCGGGGCCUCUUGGUUUGGAUGGCAAACCAGGACCUCCAGGACCAAAAGGGGAAAAGGGUGAAGCAGGGGACAUCGGCCCGAGGGGUGAUCAAGGUCGAGAUGGAGCCACUGGUCCCCCUGGUCCUCCAGGACCCCCAGGUGCCCGGGGGCCUCCUGGUGACACGGGAAAGGAUGGCCCAAGAGGACCUCCAGGCCCCCCUGGUCUCAAAGGCGAGCCGGGAGAGGAAGGCCUCGUGGGUGCCAGGGGACCUCCAGGGCCAAAGGGUGAGCCUGGUAUCCAAGGGAAAAAGGGUGAUGAUGGGAUCCCUGGGGAACCAGGACUUACGGGACCAAAGGGAGAAAAAGGAAGCGUGGGUCCCAAGGGAGAGAAUGGCACAGAUGGCUUGCCAGGACCCAAGGGUGAAGCUGGUGAGAAGGGAGGAAUUGGCUCCAUCGGACCCCGGGGUCCCCCCGGCCUGAAAGGGGAACAGGGUGACACUGUAGUGAUUGACUACGAUGGCCGAAUCCUGGAUGCUCUCAAGGGUUCACCAGGUCCCCCAGGGCCACCAGGCCCCCAAGGUGCUCCAGGUCCAAAGGGAGAGCUGGGCUUGCCGGGUCCGCCUGGGCUGGAUGGUGAGAAGGGUCCCAAAGGAGCGAAGGGUGACCAGGGCAGCGCGGGGAUCAUGGGACAGAAAGGAGAGACAGGAGAAAUGGGCUUAGCGGGUCCACCGGGAGCAGAAGGACCAAAAGGAGACAAAGGAGAUAAAGGGGACACUGGGUCACCGUGUUUGCAGAACAAUCAUAUCAUACCCGAGCCCGGACCCCCCGGAUUACCCGGCCCUAUGGGUCCUCCAGGAAUCCAGGGGCCUAAAGGCUUGGAUGGUGCGAAGGGAGAAAAAGGUGACAGUGGUGAGAAGGGCGACCACGGCCACACUGGACCCGCUGGUCUCCCAGGUGCUCCCGGGCUCAUUGGCCUACCCGGUACCAAAGGAGAGAAGGGAAAACCCGGGGAGCCAGGAUUGGAUGGUUUCCCAGGUCUCAGAGGAGAGAAAGGAGAGAGAAGUGAAAGAGGGGAGAAGGGUGAGCGAGGAAUACCAGGCAGAAAAGGAGCCAAAGGGCAGAAGGGGGAACCAGGCCCCCCCGGACUGGAUCAGCCUUGCCCCGUGGGACCAGACGGACUGCCAGUAGCAGGAUGUUGGCAUAAGUGAUCUCUAAGCAUGAAGCACAGUAUGUAAAUAAUGUGAUAUAUUUGGAUCUUUUUAAUUUUUGUAUAAAAAAAGGAAAAAAAACUCCUUUCAACAGUAAUAUAUUGACCUUUUUUUAUACUGGAUUCUGUCAUUUCUGGACUUUGAAAAUAUUGUAAAGCUCCCAAACCCAUACAAUACACAUGAUAACACCAGGAUUUGAUACAGGUAUCACUGACAGUAGCUGGGAAUGAACAUUGUUCACUGCUGGUGUUGCUGUGUGAACUAACAGUACUGGACAGUGUGUUGCCUCAUGUGCCUUACUUGCAUGAAGGAGGGAGAGAUCCCUGCCCUCAUUUGCCUCUCAACUCUGUACUUGCAUUGCACAUGCACAUUAAAAGGGUGAAAAAACCUGGCUGAAAACAAA